UUCCAGUACCAGUUCCUCAGGCUGGCUCAGUUCGUCUCCUGACCUGGAGGAAUGGGUCCCUCUCUGCUCCUGAUCCUCCUGGUUCUGGUCCAAACAGCAGAUGGUUUUCAAAGUCAUUCAGUGUCCCGCUGCCUCUUUAACUCCACUGAGCUGAAGGACAGCUGGUACAUCUACUCCUGCAUCUACAACAAAGUGGAGUUUUUGAGAUUUGACAGCAACAUUGGGCUCUAUGUCGGAUACACGUCGUUUGGAAUGAGACAGGCAAAUAAGUUGAACAAUAAUCCUGUGGCUCUGAGCAGGAGGCGAGCUCAGAAGGAGGCGUUCUGCCAUCACAACUCUGGGGUCUUGUACAGAAAUGUUUUGAAUAGAUCAGUGGCUCCGUCUGUCACUCUGAGCUCAGUGGCGCCCCCUGCUGGUGGACACCCCACCAUGCUGACCUGCAGCGUCUACGGCUUCUUCCCCAAACAGAUCAGAGUCACCUGGAGGAGAGACGGACAGGAAGUCAUCUCUGAUGUCACUUCCACCGCCGAGCUGCCAGACGGCGCCUGGCUCUACCAGAUCCACUCCAGCCUGGAGUUCAGACCCAGGUCUGGAGAACGGAUCUCCUGCAGGGUGGAACAUGUCAGCCUGAAGGAACCUCUGAUCACCGACUGGGACCCGUCCCUGCCAGAGUCAGAGAGGAACAAACUGGCCAUCGGAGCUUCAGGACUGAUCCUGGGUCUGAUUUUGUCUCUGGCUGGAUUCAUCUACUACAAGAGGAAGGUCAAAGAUCUGGUCCCCGUCCCCACCUUUGAAUCCAGAUCCUGAUCCAGGAUCAGAACCCGAUCAGAACCUGGUCUGAAGGAACUGAAGUUUGUUCUGGACUCUUUGGUCCAGAUAAUCAGCUGCUUUUCUCCAGGAAUGUUUCAGGUUUAUUAAUGUUCAUUUUCUGUGCUUUUAUUUUCUCUCUAUGGUUUUUUAUGAAGAGAUUUUUCCUCAGUUUUGGGUUUUUAAUAAAAUCUAAAGUUGUUAUUCAGGCCUGAAGGA